UAUUCGACACAGUUUGAUGGUUAUAAUCUGAGGCGUACAAAAACGACGACAAUAUCAAAGUUUGUCAACUUGUUAAACACUCAAAGAUCGUCAAAUUGAUUACAACAGAGAUGGAAAUUUCUACAGAGGCAAGUAGAAGCAAUAUGGAACCAACAACUGAGAGCUCUGAUAAAUCUGUGCAUUAUUAUAAUAAGAAAUCAAACUCAUACAGCAGUCAAGCAGAAGCUAUGUCAUUUUUUGAAGAAGGAAAUUUAAGUAUGAAUAAUGGUGAUUAUGGAACAGCAAUUGAAAACUACAAAAGAUGUUUGGAAAAUGCCGACAAGGAUAACGUGAAAAUGAUGGUUUAUUUUGGUCUUGGUAACGCUUACACCCUCUCUGAUAAUUGGGAGGAAGGAUUGAACAGUUUUAAUCAUUACUUAAAGUUUUCGUCUAAAGUUGAAAGUGAAUAUUUUGAACAUCAAGUAUACCUUGGCCUGGGGAGUGUUCAUUCUACCAUGAAAAGAUUGGAGGAAGCCAUGAAGAAAGAUGAAAUGGAAUGUCUCUGCCAUAUUGCAUUGGGAGGAUUGAAUAAGUUGCUUGAAAAUUAUGAGCAAUCUUUGGAGCAUUAUAGAAAAGGAUUCUCUCUUAUUAUUGAAUCUCAACAGCAACAACAUGAACAGCAUCAUCGACCGCGACGACCAAGAAAAGUUGGUGGUAUCAACGAAGAGAAAUAUGUAGAUUAUUUCUUGCGACGUUUUCCUGAACUGCCUCUUCUGGUGCACAAAAUCAUAAGGUCAACUGACUGGAAAACAAGACCUGAUCUCAAGAAACAUUUCACCUAUACUGUGGAUCAUGUGAAAAUUGAAGAAGUUAGUGGAAAGAAAAGCAAAGAGGUCAUGGACAAUGUAUAUCUUGACGAAUUACAGCUGCAUGAAUGGAAAUACAAUGAUAAAUCGACAAAACAUAAAGAAUUGUUUUUAAAAUUAAUUGAGUAUGGGAAAGACCCUAAUGUUGAGGUUAAACAUGUGGACGAUGUACGUGUAAUUUUCUCAGAAGACUUUUUACUUGGCAAAGGAAGUGAUGGAACCCGUGUUUAUCUUGGACUGGGAAAGGAUGGUUACGGUAAAGCAGUGAAACGAAUUCUUCGUGAUACUUAUUUGGCACAGCAUGAAGAAAAAAUUUUUAAUGAAAUCAAUGCUAAGAAGUCGGAUUAUGUGCUAAAUUAUUAUUGCUCGAGACAAGAUAUAAGAACAGAAUAUGUCUAUUUGAUUCUCGAUCUAUGUGAAGAAUCGUUGGAGCGUUUUGUGCUAUCCGAAUCAAAUAGUUUAGAUUAUCUUCAAAAAUCCCUUCCUAACAUUUUCAAGCAAAUAUUGAACGGCUUAGUUGAUCUUCACAGCGAUCCACGCCCCAUUCUUCAUCGAGAUUUAAAACCUUCCAAUGUUCUCCGAGACACACAAGGCAAAUUUUUAAUAUCCGAUUUUGGUAUUAGUCGAAUUUUGAAGAAUGACUCUCAGACAUAUGUAAGCGAUGCUAAUAGGGGAACUCCGCAUUGGAUUGCCCCUGAAUCUUAUAUUGUUGAUAAAAAUUUAUUUGAUAAAGGACGUUACAAAACAAAGUCUGAUGUAAUGAAUGCAGGAAUGGUGGCUUACUUUGUUGCAACAAAAGGAAAACAUCCUUUUGGUACUAAAGUGUUCAUACUUCAAAAUUUGUUGGAUGGAAAACCUGUUGGCUUGAAGGAAAUCAGUAAUGUCGAACUAAAUGAUCUUCUUUCAUGGAUGCUACAACAUAAACCCGAACUCCGGCCAUCUGCAAAGGAGGCUUUAAAACACCCUUAUUUACUAUCUGAUGAAGAAAUGUUUGACUUGCUGUGUAAAGUUGGAAAUCAACCGGAGAUAAAGAUAGCGCAUUUAGAUCAUCCUCUCAGCUCAGAUAUCCAUGAGCAGUUAAAUGGGUUAAAAAAUUGGAAGGGUCGUAUUGAUCCUGAAGUCUUCAGUGAUUUCAAUGUGGGACACUACGAUACUACAUGGUUAGGUUGCUUGAAAUUUAUACAAAAUGUUUACCAGCAAUGGAAGGAUGAGCAUCGUACAAAACUGUCACCAUAUAUCAAGGAAGGCAACUAUAAAGAGUAUUUUGUACGGGUUUUACCAGAGCUUCCUCUUCUGGCGCACAGAAUCAUGAGGUUAAAUGAUAUGGCAAAAGGUAUUCCUAUUCAAGAAUUGUUGCAUCAACCAUGGACAUGUUUUGAUAAAUCAAGAAUACAUCAAAAAAAGUUUAAAAAGAUGGAGGAAUAUGGACGCAAACAUCCAGAAAAAGUUACACUGCUCAGUGAAUUGCGUGUAAUCUUCAAGGAGGAGUUUUUGCUUGGCAAGGGAAGUGAUGGAACUCGUGUUUACCUUGCCCUGGGAAACAAUGGUUAUGGAAAAGCAGUAAAGCGAAUACACAAAGAUAGCGGCAAAGACUAUGCAAAUCGAGAAAAAGAAAUUUUUAAUGUGUUGAAUGCAAAGCGUUCAAAUUAUGUUGUGAAUUUUUGGGAUUUAAAGAAGAGCCUUGACGAAGAGUAUUUGUACAUGAUAUUGGAUUUGUGUGAAGAAUCGUUAGAGAGUUAUGUGAAUUCUUCUUCUUUGCAAGAUCUUCAAAAAGUCGUUCCUAAAGUUCUUAUUCAAAUCUUAAAUGGUCUAGCUCACCUUCACAGUGGACAGCGUCCUAUUCUUCAUCGGGAUUUAAGACCCUCGAAUGUUCUUCGAGAUGUACAAGGAAAUUUUUUAAUCGCUGAUUUUGGAAUAAGUCAUAUGUUAUCUGAUGAAACUUUGACACAUGAAAGCAUACAGAGGGGAGCUAAAAAUUGGAUAGCUCCAGAGUCAUAUGACCCAUCAGAUGAUACAAUUAAUAAAGUUCGUUACAAAAAAGAGUCUGACAUUAUGAAUGCAGGAAUGGUGGCUUAUUAUGUUGCAACAAAGGGAAAACAUCCUUUUGGACAUAAACGGCAUAGACUGAACAACAUUUUGAAUGGUAACCCAGUUGGAUUGGACGAAAUCAAGGAUGCCACGUUCAAAGACCUUUUAUCGUGGAUGCUACAGCUAAAAUCUGAAAACAGACCAUCUGCCAAUGAGGCGUUAAAACACCCUUAUCUACAAUCAGACGAAGAGAAUUUUAACAUGCUGUGUGAUAUGGGUAACCAACUGGAGGUGAAACAUUCACAAGGUCAAAAUUCUCCCACUUCAGUUGUUCAUACGCAGUUGUAUGGUUCCACAGAAUGGAUGAAGCGUAUCGAUGAUAGAGUCGUCAAAGAUUUGAUCAACUUUGAAGUAAACGACAGUAUAGGAACUCUAAAGUACGAGUCUACAUGGGCAGGAUGCUUAAGAUUCAUACGAAACGUUGACCAACAAUGGCAAAAUAAGCCUCUUCCGCGUCUAUCACAAUAUAUAAAGCAAGGCAAUUAUAAAGAGUAUUUCCUGGAAGUUUUUCCGGAGCUUCCUCUUCUGGUGCACAAAGUCAAAAGGUCGACUGACUGGAAAUCUACUCCAGAUCUGGAAGAACACUUUCCUAAAUUGCUGUCUCAACCAUGGAAAUGUUAUGAUAAAUCAAUAAUGCAUCAGCAAAAGUUCAGAAUGAUGGAGAAAUAUGGGCAGGAAAAUCCAAGAAAAGUUAAACUUGUAAAUGGUGUAAAGGUUAUUUGUUCUGAAGAGUUUUUGCUUGGUAAAGGAAGUGAUGGAACUCGUGUUUACCUUGGACUCGGAAAAGAUGGUUACGGAAAAGUAGUAAAACGAUUGCUUCGAGAUAACUGCGUGGAGUUAGCCAAACGAGAAAAAGAUAUUUUGAAUGAGUUGAAUGCAAAGCGUUCAAAUUAUGUUGUGAAUUAUUGGUAUCUUGAAGAAGAACCAGGCACAGAUUAUUUGUAUUUGAUAUUAGAUUUGUGUGAAGAAUCGUUAGAGAGUUAUGUGAAAUCUUCUUCUUUGCAAGAUCUUCAAAAAGUCGUUCCUAAAGUUCUUAUUCAGAUCUUAAAUGGUCUAGUUCACCUUCACAGUGGUUCGUGUCCUAUUCUUCAUCGGGAUUUAAGACCAUCAAACGUUCUUCGAGAUGUGGAUGGAAAUUUUUUAAUCGCUGACUUUGGUAUAAGUCGAAAAUUAUUAAAUGAAACUUCUACACAUCGGAGCAUACAAAGGGGAGCAAAAAAUUGGAUAGCUCCAGAAUCAUAUAACGCAUCAGAUGAUACAAUUAAUAAAGUUCGUUCCAAAAAAAGUCUGACAUUAUGAAUGCCGGAAUGGUGGCUUAUUAUGUUGCAACAAAGGGGAAACAUCCUUUUGGAAUUGAACGGCAUAGACUGGACAACAUUUUAAAAGGAAACCCAGUUGGCUUGGACGAAAUCAAGGAUGC